AUGCAGGGUGAGCUUGAGCGCAAAGGCUCCCUCAACCCAGACGAGGAGUACCCGAUCGGCAAGCUUACCCUGUCCUCCACGAGGCCAGAUGCUGUGGAGCUGGUCAUAGGCUACCACCUCCUGGAAGGAAAAAUGGUGGACCUGAAAAAGCCCUUCGCCGUGCUCGAAAAGCAUUCUGUAUGCCUGGACGCUGCAGACCCCAUGGAUGCUGAUGGGGAGGCAAGUGACCAGCACAAUGCAACAGAGUACAAGGUCAUUGGCGUGGUGCGCAAGAAGUGCUUAUUUAAGAACCGCCCGAGAGCCAUCAUUUCAAAGCCAGAGACAGCAACACGAAAACAGCGGGGCGUUGCCACCUGA